GAGGGGCUGGCUACUGAGGAGACCCCACGGCCAUGGCUGCAGCCACUCGUGCCCGGGUCGCGCACUUGUUGAGGCAACUGCAGCGAGCAGCAUGCCAGUGCCCUACUCAUUCUCAUACUUACUCCCAAGCUCUUGGACUUGCACCUUCUGGGAAAACAACAGAUUAUGCCUUUGAGAUGGCCGUUUCAAAUAUUAGAUAUGGAGCAGGAGUUACAAAGGAAGUGGGAAUGGACCUACAAAAUAUGGGUGCUAAAAAUGUUUGUUUGAUGACAGACAAGAACCUCUCCCAGCUCCCUCCUGUACAAAUGGUUAUGGAUUCCCUAGUGAAGAAUGGCAUAAAUUUUAAGAUGUAUGAUAAUGUGAGAGUGGAACCAACUGAUAGAAGCUUCAUGGAAGCUAUUGAGUUUGCCAAAAAGGGAGUUUUUGAUGCCUACGUUGCUGUCGGUGGUGGCUCCACCAUGGACACCUGUAAAGCUGCUAAUCUGUAUGCAUCUAGCCCUCACUCUGAUUUCCUAGAUUAUGUCAAUGCCCCCAUUGGGAUGGGAAAGCCUGUGUCUGUGCCUCUUAAGCCUCUGAUUGCAGUCCCAACCACCUCAGGAACUGGGAGUGAAACUACAGGAGUUGCCAUCUUUGACUACGAACACUUGAAAGUAAAAACUGGCAUUGCUUCCAGAGCCAUCAAACCCACGCUGGGACUGAUUGAUCCUCUGCACACCCUGCACAUGCCUGACCGGGUGGUCGCCAACAGUGGCUUCGAUGUGCUUUGCCAUGCCCUGGAGUCCUACACUGCCCUUCCCUACCACAUGCGGAGCCCCUGCCCUUCAAAUCCCAUCACCCGGCCAGCAUACCAGGGCAGCAACCCAGUCAGUGACAUUUGGGCUGUCCAUGCACUACGGAUCGUCGCUAAGUAUCUGAAGAGGGCUGUCAGAAAUCCUGAUGAUCUUGAAGCAAGGUCUAAUAUGCACUUGGCAAGUGCUUUUGCUGGCAUUGGCUUUGGAAAUGCUGGUGUUCAUCUGUGCCAUGGAAUGUCCUACCCAAUUUCAGGCUUAGUGAAGACAUACAAAGCAAAAGAUUAUAAUGUGGAUCACCCACUGGUGCCUCAUGGCCUUUCUGUGGUACUCACCUCCCCAGCAGUGUUCACUUUCACAGCACAGAUGUCUCCUGAACGGCACCUGGAAACGGCAGAAAUAUUGGGAGCUGACACCCGCACUGCCAGGAUCCCAGACGCUGGGCCUAUUUUGGCAGACACGCUCCGGAAAUUCUUAUUCGAUCUGGAUGUUGAUGAUGGCCUGGCUGCCAUUGGUUACUCCAAGGCUGAUAUCCCUGCGUUAGUGAAAGGAACGCUGCCCCAGGAAAGGGUCACCAAGCUUGCACCACGCCCUCAAUCAGAAGAGGACCUGUCUGCUCUGUUUGAAGCUUCAAUGAAACUGUAUUAAUUUUCAUUCUCACUGAAAGAAUUACCACUGGCCAUCACAGUCCUGACAACAGAAGCCAAGCUAGCCAGAACUUUGUCUUUUUAUUUCCACACAUGACAUACCUGUUACCAAUCUGAAUGUGAUAAUAAGUUUAUCCUGCAGAAGAUUCCCUAAUGCUCAAAGUCAAACUACUUCUGUAAACAGUGGAAGAAUGCCCACUAUGUUGGACCUUGGGCUAGACAUCAGCAUUCAUGUUCCUGCCCCAAACCACACGGAUUUCAACUGCUCUAUUUAUAAAAUGGGCAAAAGCUCAGUAUCUAUCAAAAACAUAAAUGCACAUAUCCCGUGCCCAGUAAUCCCUAGUCUAGAAAUUGAGCCUAUAGAAAUAUGAGCACAAGUGUGUUAAGGAAGAUGGCAAGGAUGUUUCUGGCAGCACUCUAAUAAAAAAUCUGAAAGAACCUAAAUAUUCAUUAAUAGUAUACAGAUAAAUAAAUCAGAGUAUAUUAAGUAAUGGAAUAUUAUAGUGCUAUCAAUAAGAAUGAGAUAAACAUAUUGGAAAUAUGCCCAUGAUAUACUGCUAAGUUGGAAAAAAGCAGAACAAUUAAAUAUUUGCAUGGUCUGAUUUUUACUUUUUAAUUAUACAUAAGUAUUUGUCUAUAUAUAGGAAGAAGAAUGAUACACAUCAAAAUAACAAAAGUUAUCACUAGAGAAAUAGAAUUUGGGGUACAGAAAAUUAAGAGAAAAUAUUCACCCUAUACUUUAUACUUCCCCUUUUUAUUUUAUAAACAUCUGUAUUGUUUGGAUUUGUUAUAAGCACAUAUUUUCUCAUUUUAAAAGGACCAGAGAAAAGAGAGAAAUAUCAUUUUAUUGUUUUAGGUCAGAUUCAUCUUAAUUUAUGAAAAUACUAGUAACUAAUACUUAAAGAUUAAAGCAGAUCCAAAGAGGUAAAAUAUGAGAGACUGAUCCUGUGGUAAAUAAACAAAUUGUUCUUUGGAGAAAAACACUAACACCCUACAUGGUAAUUCCCUCUUUGGAAAAAUGUUUUUGGUGCUCAGAAUAAAUUAAUUCAAAAGCAA